ACACCGGAGUCUGCUAGGACAGGGCAGCCCCCUGAAGCUCCCUCAGAGACCCAGGCCAUCAGACAUUGCUGUGCCCUUGGCCUCAUGGACCCCCUGAGGCGGUCCCCCUCCCCCUGCUCAUCAAGACCCUCCAGCCCCAGGACCCCACCCUGCGAGAUGCUUGGUUACGUGGGCAUUGAGGCCGUGCUGGACCAACUGAAGAUCAAGGCCAUGAAGAUGGGGUUUGAGUUCAACAUCAUGGUGGUGGGGCAGAGCGGGCUGGGCAAGUCCACAAUGGUGAACACCCUUUUCAAGUCCAAGGUGUGGAGGUGCACUAUACCAGGCCUGGGGAUGCCCACACCCCAGACGCUGCAGCUGAUGUCAGUGACCCACGUCAUCGAGGAGAAGGGUGUGAAGCUCAAGCUGACGGUGACAGACACGCCUGGCUUCGGAGACCAGAUCAACAAUGACAAAUGCUGGGACCCCAUCCUAGGCUACAUCAAUGAGCAGUAUGAGCGGUACCUGCAGGAGGAAAUCCUCAUCACCCGCCAGCGCCACAUCCCUGACACCCGGGUGCACUGCUGUGUGUACUUCAUACCGCCUACUGGGCACUGCCUGCGGCCUCUGGACAUUGAGUUCCUACAGCGGCUGUGCCGGACUGUGAACGUGGUGCCUGUGAUUGCCCGGGCCGACAGCUUGACCCUUGAGGAGCGAGAGGCCUUCAGGCGCAGGAUCCAGCAAAACCUGAGGACUCACUGCAUUGAGGUGUACCCACAGAAAUGCUUUGAUGAGGACAUCAACGACAGGAUCCUCAACAGCAAGAUCCGGGACCGGAUCCCCUUUGCUGUGGUUGGGGCUGACCGAGAACACCUGGUGAACGGGAAGUGUGUCCUGGGCCGGAAGACCAAGUGGGGCAUCGUUGAAGUGGAGAACAUGGCGCACUGUGAGUUUCCUCUGCUGAGAGACCUGCUCAUCCGCUCCCACCUCCAGGACCUGAAGGACAUCACCCACAACGUGCACUACGAGAACUAUCGAGUCUGCAGGCUCAACCAGAGCCACGUGCUGCCUCGCGGGCCGGGCUGGGUGAACCUGGCUCCCACUCCCCCAGGCCCGCCUGUCAUCUCCGGGCCCUCGAAGGUGUGCCGGCAGGCCCCCGACAACUCUGAAGAUGAUGAAGACUACUAAGCACGGGGCAGGGGUGGGGCGGGGCACCCGGCAGCCCCCAGCACCCACCUGUGUACAGAGCAUGUAUUAAAGGUGGACGUCACUUUUUAUGAAAAGCUGUGCUUUGAAAACCAAAGGCGAUUUGUAAAUGACUUCUUUGAGCUGUCCUCCAAUAAAAGU